UAACUCCUCCUACAUGCUUUGAGCUACAGAAACCGUUCGAAUAUCAAAAUGUUCAGCUUUUUGAGGAGAAGUGUGCUAUUAGUUUUCUUAGUCAUAGCUUUUAUACUUUUUGGAAAUAUUAGGCUUUUUCUUCUCGCUAUUGAAACAAACAGGAUGUCUUCCAUCGACUCUAAGAUGUGUCAUGCCGCCAUGUGAAACAAUGAAAGUAGCUGCUAUGGCUCAGUGAAUAAGGUCUUUGAAACAGAAGGUUCAAAUCCAAAGUGGGGCAACUGCGAGAUGUGAAACUAAGUUGUUCACAUAAUAAAUCUCAGCAUCAUAAAUCUCAAAUUAAAUGGUUGUGUACUAUUAUUAUUAGUUCUUUAUCUUACAUUUAACCAAUCCAUCCAUUUUCUGUACCGCUUAUUUCCUAAUGCGGGGUCACGGGGGUGACUAACCCAGCUGACUAUGGGCCCAGCUGACUAUGGGCCCAGCUGACUAUGGGCGAGAGGCAGAGUACGCCAGUCCAUCGCAGGGCAACACACAUCUUUGGACUGUGGGAGGAAGCCGGAGAACCCACGCAAGCACGGGGAGAACGUGCAAACUCCACACAGAAAGGCACCAGGGCCGCCUCCGGGAAUCCAACCCAGAAACUUCUUGCUACAAAAGCUGCAUCUGCACAACAGUGAGUCAUGUUGCUGCCAUGGAUGGACAAGUGGGCAGGGCUGCAGGGGACAAUAUGAGAAUAGUCAGGUAUGAGGGAGGAUUAUUUUUAGCCCUGUCAAGAUGUAAAAAAAACAGUAUCACUCUACUGAAGUUAAGGAACACUUUAGGAGGAAGCAGAAAGCAACAGCAUGGCCUGGGUCUCUCCGCUCAUCUUUAUCACUAUUAUGCUGAAAAUCAAAGACACUGUUGAGGAGACUAGGGUUGCAAGAGCUACAGCCCCUGGAGACGUCAUCAUUGUAGGACUUUUUUCCAUCCACGAAGGUAUUGACAAAAAGAACACAUCUGCUCCAGAGCAACAACCAUGUAUCAGGUUUGAUAUAAGAGGCCUGAUCAGAUCUCUGGCUAUGAUCAAUGCCAUAGAGCUCAUGAAUCAAGCUCCUCUACUCACUCGUCUUAACGUCACUCUGGGCUACCACAUUGUGGACUACUGCGCCGAUGACAGCACAGCUCUGAGGGCGACAGAGUCCAUCGUCCAGAGGGACCAGUGCCACACACCAAACGCCACACAUUCCCAGCCUGUUGUGGCCGUUAUAGGUGCCGCCUUCUCCGAAACAUCUAUUGCCAUAGCAAGACAGCUGACUCUCAGGAUGAUCCCUCAGAUCAGUUACUCAUCGACUGCAGCCAUUCUGAGUGACAAGAGCCGCUUCCCUGCCUUCAUGAGGACCAUCCCCAACGAUGAGCAUCAGACAGCGGCCAUGGUCGGCCUGCUGCAUGCCUACGCAUGGAGCUGGGUGGGAAUAAUCACCACCGAUGGAGAUUAUGGCAGGUCAGCACUAGACAACUUCAUGUCUCAAGCUCCUGAAAAGGGGAUCUGCGUGGCCUUCAGAUCAGUCCUGCCUCAAUCCGUAACCAGGAAGGAAGUCAUUCCUGCUAUCAGCCAUGCUGCCAGAACCAUCCUGCAGAACCCCAAGGUACAAGUUAUCGUAUCUUUUGCCAGCCCGUCUCUCAUGACAUACCUUUAUCAGGAGCUCAAAAAUCAGACCCUAAAUGCAGGACAGAGCCUGAAGUCAAUAAGGAGAGUGUGGUUGGCCAGUGACAGCUGGUCGUCCUCCAGCUUUGUGAAGGGAAACCUGACUCUGAGUGACAUAGGACACGUGGUGGGCUUCACUUUCAAAAAUGGAGACUUGUCAUCAUUCAGUGAUUACCUGAGCAGACUCAAGGCAGGUGGCCACAGGAACAAUCCCUUCCUGCAGGAGCUGCAUUUUCAGCUCAGUUCUAAAGAUUCUGGAGACAUGGACCUGGUGUCUAGUGCUGUGGAGAGCCUCCAAGAGCACAGCCAUGCCAACACCAUCCUAAGCACUGAGAUGGCUGUGAGCGCCGUCGCUAAGGCCGUGGCCUGUGUCUGCCAGAGCAGAGACUGCAAAGCACCCAGCGCCGUGCAGCCCUGGGAGGUACUAAAUGCUCUGUUGAUGGAGGACUUCACCUUCCAAAACAAGAGCUAUAAGUUUGACAGCAGCGGCGACAUAAACACGGGCUACGACGUGAUCCUGUGGAGGUCGGAUGACAAUGUCAGCAUCCUGGUGGAUGAUAUUGUGGCUGAAUAUCACCUCAGCACCAACAACUUCACAUACACUAAUGGAAGCACCAGCCAAAGGUUCCUGGACCUGAAGAAGACCUUCUCUAAAUGUUCCAACAGCUGCAUCCCUGGAGAGUUCAAGAAGACAAUGGAGGGUCAGCACACAUGUUGCUACGAGUGCAUCCGCUGUGCUGAGAACUACUUCUCCAACAGGACAGACAUGGACAGUUGUCUGAGCUGUGAUGCUGACACACAGUGGUCGCCUGCAGGCAGCUCUAGGUGUGAAGCCAAGGAGCUGCUCUUCUUCUCCUGGGAGCAUGGCUUUGCCAUGGUACUGCUGGGCUUUUGUGGCCUGGGCAUCAUCCUGGCUCUUCUGGUGUCAGCACUGUUUCUUCAUCAGCGCGAAACCCCAGUUGUAAAGGCUGGUGGUGGGCCACUGAGCCAGGUCAUCCUGUUCUCUUUGGUCAUGAGCUACAUCAGCGCCAUUCUGUUUGUGGGCAGGCCCAGCAGCUUGCAGUGUAAGGCUCGCCAGGUGCUCUAUGGCAUCAGCUUCACUAUUUGUGUGUCCUGCAUCCUCGUGAAGACACUACAGAUCCUCUUGGCUUUCCAGCUGAACCCUGAGCUGCAGGGGACGCUACAGAGAAUCUUCCAGCCUUAUGUCAUCGUUAGCGUCUGUGUGAGCUUACAGACAGUCACCUGCAUCUGCUGGCUGUUCAUUAAAAGCCCAUUUAACUACAUCAUUAGCAACCCAACCACUCUGCUGGAGGAUUGUCACGAGGGCUCGUACCUGGCCCUAGGCGCUAUGCUGGGCUACAUAGCCCUCCUGGCUCUGGUGUGUUUCAUCUGCGCCUUCAAAGGACGCAAACUGCCACAGCAGUACAACGAGGGGCAGUUCAUCACCUUCAGCAUGCUCCUCUACCUCAUCUCCUGGCUCCUCUUUAUUCCCAUCUAUGUUACCACAUCAGGGGUGUACCUGCCAGCGGUGGAGAUGGUUGUCAUUCUCAUCUCCAACUAUGGCAUCCUCAGCUGUCAUUUCUUCCCAAAGUGCUACAUAAUACUAUUUAAGAAGGAACAAAACACCAAGCAGGCCUUCAGGAAGGAGCUCUAUGAAUACUCUAGAAGACAUAAUGGUUGUGUUUGUGUGUGGGGGAGCUCAGUGUCCGGCACUGGGAGUCAUCAAUCCAUCAGUGUUUCCUCCCUGUCGUUACCUCAGGCCCAUCCAUAAAAAAGGACACCUUUUGUAAACACUAAACCAUUUACAUCAUGUUUUUUUGCCUCUAAUGAUGCUGGUAUCACUGGGAGAAUUCCAUCAGACCUCAGCUCAGGACACAGUUUAAAAUAAUUUAAACAUAUAUUGAUGUCCUUGUAGUAAGCAGAGUACAGCAGGGUGCACUAAUAAAAAUAAACCCCAUCAUCUACUUUAUGGCAAAGGUGCACUUUCUUCAAUUAUAUGAGGCCUGUUAUCACAGCUGCUCUUCAGGACUCAAUGCUCCUGUAUAAAAACUCAAACAAAAUUAUAUAGGUAAAUAAACGCAAACAUUGAAAUUCUACAAGUACAUGCUUCCCAAAAGUUCAAUACUGCAAUCAGUGCUCUGCACUGACUCUACCAGUAGUAUAGCUCAUUUUAUUUAGAAAGUGCUACUGAAUUGGUUUAUUAUUUGCGCAGGUGUAAUUUAUAAAAGUGGUCAAUGGGUGUAGUAUGUACAUGCCUCAUUUGAAAGGUCAAAUGGUGUUAUUCAGUUUCCUUUCAAUGGCCCCAUCCUUUCUUUUGUACAGGCUCAGUAAUUUAGGUGUGUAUUAGUCCAACUUGCCCAGGAAGAUGAACCAGACAUAGUAGUUCCUUCAGUGUGAUCCUCCUUAAUAUAGGGGGGUAAGACAGAAUAGUUUCCAUAUAAACACUUUGAGAAAAAAAAAUGUUGUACUAGAGAACACAAUUAAAAUUGUUCGAUAUUGUUCGAAGACUCAAAGACUGGCUUUUGGGGGACCUCAUAUGUAUAAUCUGUUAUUAACAGAAUUAUUAUUAAGGUCCCACAUGCUCAGACAACUACGGCCAUGUAAAGUCCUCAUCCCGAUAGUAGUGAGUGAGAACAAAGAGAUUUCAAAUCUCAGCGCCAAAACCAGGCGCCAGGCUGGGGACCCAUACCUGGCUCCCCCGCUGACAUCCAACUCCCGCUGACACAAGCGACAAACGGCGGAGAAACUUGGACGUCAGCCGGAAGAACUUGGACGUCAGCCGUCCUGAUUGGACCAAACAAUAGGACGGGCGUGACCAAAAACACGGUUAUAAAAGUCGCCGUGACCGAAGACUCGCCCCUUGUUCUCUUCGACCCGCUCCCUGCCCCACCUGGAGCUUCCCUCUGCACCGGCACGCCCUUGAGCCUCCACCGCAGCCAGCAGCUGAACUAACGGAGACGUCGUCACAGAGAACGGGCCUGAUCACCCAUCUACUUCCAGCCAUCCGGCAGAAAACCGCCGGCGUAACCGCCUCACUCGCCGCCUCAACAGCUGGUCACGAUGCGAUCACCGCGACGCACACCUGGACCAGUGUUCGAGUUUAACUCGUUUCCAGUUUAACUGGACCGACUUCCGAAUGCCGCACCGGUUGCUCUUAGUUACGGCAGAUGUUUGAAGCAGAGAAAAGCGGGUUAGCUGUCCUCGUUGAUGCCUUGACAAUGUUUUCUCAAUGUUUUGUCCUCUGUACACGUUCGGAACAGUCCUUACAUUUUUACAGUGCGUAAUCUGACGCAGUGUGAUCGCUGUUCGUGUUGUAGAUACUGAAUUUGCUCAAAGGAAAUAAGGGCUGAAUAAUUCUGCUGCAAAUUGCUACGAUCUUUUGGCAAUAAAAUAUGAAAUGUUGAACCUCUGCGUCCUGUCUUCGGAGUGUUGUUUGCUUAGCUUCGCCUAUAAGAAAAAUCCCAAAAAUUCCGUGGCAUUAGCAAAAAAAUAACUUAUAACGGGAUUCGAUCCCGCUGCCACUGCAGCAAAAGUGCUCAAAACUGCAGUCUUAACCACUGGGCCACCGAGAGAUCGCUAUGAAGAGCUUCUCCCAAUAUGUAUCUAACAUAAAUGAAGCCCUAAGUGGACGGUGGAAGUCAGAUUAUCUUGUGACCGCUGUUUCUUGGUGUUACGUUAAAUCUAACGGGUUUCAUUAGACGUCUACAUUUGAUAAAUUGGUGUCAGCGCCUGUUCUCGUUACAUCAGCCUUGUCUGUUGUUACUACGUGGUCAGAACACACGUUUAACUUGUCUUUUGUGUCGUGUUUUGGUGAACGAGUCACAGUCACUUUCAACGUUGAGAGGAAGAGGAGGAGCCAGCAGCUGUUUACGCCUGGGUUCAGAUGCGACACAGGUUGACGGUCACAGGUUGACAGACUGGUCACACGUUAAAUUGUGUGUAUUAGCAGAGCCAGUCGGGAACCUGGCUCUGCGGACCCUGGUGCUCUGCUUCCCAACUACAUCUCUCCGCAUUCAUCCACUUAGGUCUGCAAGGGGCGUCCUGCUGAUGGAGGGACCAGGGCUACUGGGAAGUGGUUCCGUCCCUUCCAAGUGGGAUGCUCUGCAGUUUUAAUUGCAUUAGUCAUACACACUUGUCCAGGAAUCUGGGGGCUCCUUCCGGGGGGGCCAGUAGACUUCCCAUUGAUGGCUCUGUCUGCUGGACCCCCCGGAGAAUUGGGUAUCUCCCAAAGUUCCUCAUACUUAGCUACAUACACAUACAUUUAGGGCCGGGGUUGGGCUCUUUCACUGGGGCCUGGGGCUCAGGCCAGUUGUGGCCUCGGCCACUGGCCCUAAUGGAGAGAUCACCACCCAGUUUUAACUGCAAAAAGACAUUUAGGGCGAGGGGGGGCACUGUCCGGGGGACACACCGUCAGCCAGCGGUUGUGCUCCUGGAGGUGUCACCCACCUUCAGUGCACUUUAGUUCCACACACUCACGUCCAAGCUGGGUUGCAGGGUUCUGGGGUACCUAUUUCUACUGCCCUCUGCCUCCCCCGGGUUGGGGGGGUUGGUCGGGGCUCGGGAGGAGCUGCGGUCCCUGCCUGGGGCCACAUGGACGGCAGGCCGGAGACCUACCCUCCCCACGAAUGUGAUCAAGCGAAUGGUGUGGGUGGGAGAAUGUAUCUGAGAGUGCAUUGGUUCACGUAUGAUUGACUAGUUUGUUGUGAGAGAGUCUAUGGUGUGUGUGUGUGUUGAUGUGAUGAUGUGUGUUGCACAUGUGGAUGGGUGUAUGCGUCUGUGUUUGUGUGAGUUGGUAUGCCUGUGGUGCGGUUGAAGUGUGGGGGGUCCGGUUUUUCGCCCGGGGUACGAUGAUCGUCUGCCUGGGUGGUCUCUUUUCUGCUGACCCCACCAAUUGCUGGCCUUGUGCUGCAGGCCGCUGUAGCGCCAGGGGAUGAGGUCGGGCCGAUGGGGUAGGCCCCGCUCCGCCCGUGUGGGGGUGGUGGACUGGGGGCGGGCCCCACUCUGGGCGCGGGGGCAUCUUCUGGCGGGCUCCCUACGGACCGUGGGUCCUCGGGCUCUACUCUUUCAGGCCGACCCUCCCGCCGGGGGGAGUGUUUGCCCCUGGUUCUCAUGGGGCGGACAGCGUUGACCCCCGGUGGCCCACUCUGGCCUCGGGUGCUGUCUCUGUGGCUGCUGCAGCUCUGCCUGGGGGGCUCUGUGUGGGCGGCUUGGGUCGCAACACCUGCCCUCCUGGAACUGAAGGUGUGUGGGCUCCCUGGCUGCUAGGAUUCCUUCCUCUGCUUGCUGGAUGGGCGUAGUGGCCGAGCCCCCCACAUCACCCUGGCUUCCACAAGUGGCAUUGUUCAUGCACCAACGUCUGCCUCACCCUUUGGGUGAAUAAUGAUAAGCUACAGCCUUACUAACCUUGUAGUGGGACACUUUCCAAAUCCAACUGUAAGUAUUACUGAUACUUAUCACUACCAAUAUGAAUAAUGUGUGAAUAUGGAAUUUGUGGUGUUGUAUGUCAUGACUUUUAUUAAGUAGUAUGGGAUAUGUAUAAUAAUGCACAUAUGUAUGUAUAUUGUAUGUAUAUGUUUGUAUUAGUAUGUGCACAUACCUUAGCACUAUUAUUGGUAUUAGUAUUAAUCUCCAAGGUAAACCACAGUACAAAAAUUGUUUAGUUAUGAAUGUGUUAGCCUAAGGUACAUCCAUGCUUCUUAUUUAUUUAUUUUUUUGCUCCGAUUGUUUACUUAACAGAUUUGCUUGGUUUCAGCAGCUGGUUGCACCCCUUAUCCCCCCUCCCCCCCACCCUCCCGCAUACACACCCUAAAGCAGAAACCUAACCUGUCCACCAACACAGCAACAUCACACACAUUUUGGAUUAGCUAAAUAAACCAUUAAAUAAACCAUAAAUCAGGAAGAGUAUAUAUAUUCUAUAUAUACUCUUCUUGUUAAAGCAAAGCUGUCCAUCACAAUAUGGCAUUCAGCGUAAUAUAUGCUGCUUGCUUAACUGCUGGACAGAACAAAAAAA